AUGACCGAGGACAUCAAGAACAUCCUUGACUGGUUCGAGAAUGAGCCAAGUUUGUGGGCCGUCAUCUUUACUGGCGAAGGGCGCUUGUUCUGUGCCGGAGCAGACUUGCAUGCGUGGAACCAACGCCAACAGGCCGGCAGUGCGAAGAACGACGCAGAGGACGUCGUGACUGACGUGCACGGCUUCGGAUCUAUCUCGCGCCGAUCCACCUGCAUGAAGCCUAUGGUUGCCGCCGUGAACGGCGGCGCUUAUGGGGGCGGUGUGGAGAUGAUCCUGAAUUGUGACAUCGUCAUUGCCGAUGAGGAUGCGAAACUAGCCCUGCCAGAGGUCAAGCGAGGUGUUUGUGCCAUCCAAGGCGGUAUGCCGAGGUUGGGCAGGAUCGCGGGUCAUCAGCUCGCGAGCGAGAUGCUGCUCCUUGGCAAGACCGUAUCUGCCACUGAGGCUGCAACGCGCUUUGGUUUCGUGAACAAAGUCGUCCCUCGAUCGGAAUUGCUCCGCACUGCUCUCGCAUGGGCUGCCGCAAUUAACGAGAACUCUCCGGAUUCCGUCCAGAGUACGAAGCGAGCACUGCUUGAGGGCAAUCGCCACGGGAGUGUGGAGGACGCGGUGGUUGCACAUAUUCGUUCGAAGGAGAACGUGCGUUUGUAUGACAGCUACAACAUGAAGGAGGGACUCAAAGCAUUCUCUGAGAAACGGAAGCCUAUGUGGACCAACCCAGCGAAACUAUGA